UACGAGUGGUGUCGCGACCAUAGAGUACACCACCGCUACUCCGACACCGACGCCGACCCGCACAACAUUAAUCGGGGUUUCUUUUUCGCACACAUGGGUUGGCUCAUGUGCCGAAAGCACCCCGAAGUUAUUGAGCAGGGUAAACUCGUCGACAUGAGCGAUCUGGCCGCUAACCCCGUGAUUAGUUUACAACGUAAAUUUUACGUGCCUUUAGUGGCGCUAAUAUGGGCCGCAUUUCCCACAUUAACGCCGUACUAUUUAUGGGGCGAGGGGUUGUGGGAGGCGUGGUUUGUGUGCGUAAUGUUCCGGUAUGUUUUGAUAUUGAAUAUAACAUGGUGCGUUAAUAGCGCCGCCCAUUACUGGGGCUAUAAGCCAUACGAUAAGACCAUAAAUCCUGUGGAGUGUAAUAUACGGCACGUGAUGUUUGGCGAAGGGUUUCACAAUUAUCAUCACACAUUUCCAUGGGAUUAUAAGGCGAGUGAAUAUGGUCCAUUAGAUGGGUUCAACCCGGCCACCAUGUUCAUAAACACGAUGGCUGUGUUGGGUCAGGCGUACGAUUUGCGUCAACCGUCAGCCGAUAUGAUUGGAGAGAGACGUAAACGUACCGGUGAUAUGGGCCACAAAAAAUUGAGCAUGGUCUGGGAGAUGUGCACCGCGUUGGCUACUGUGCUAAUUAUUAUAUCCCCAUUACUGAUUAGACUCACGCAACCUUAUUAA